UUUAAUGUCUCAUCCGUCUCCGUCUCACGUGUCCAGGAUGCUCCAGGGGCCGUACGCCAGCCUGGAGCGGGACCGUCCGCUCAUCCGGCUCCCUUUCACCAGCUUCGCUGUGGUGACGGUGCUGCUGCCUCUGACCGGCCUCAUCGCCUGCCUCUUCAUCGCGCUCGUGUACCACUUUGAAGAGGCCACGUCCACGCACUGUCAUGUGUCAAACUACCUCCCGUCCAUCAGUGCCGCCAUCAGCCGCGUGCCGGAGCGCUACAUCUGGCGUUGCUGCAUCGGGCUGCACUCGGCGCCGCGCUACCUGGUGUCUGCCAGCUACUUCAGCUUCUACCGCGGCCGCUUCGCCAAGAGGCUCCCGGAGCUGCUGCUGAGCGGGCUGGCGCUCCUCAGCAGCCUCGCCGAGAACACGGGCCUGCUGCUGCUCACGUACGUGGCGUCCACCGAAACCUACAGUGAGUACAGCCGCUCGCCGCCGAAUUCAACCCGGGCGGCUUCUCUGAGCUCGUCCAACAAUUUAACCUGAGCGGGUUCAUACAGUCAUGAAAAACCUGGAAAAGUCAUGGAAUUUGAAAAUGGCAAGUUCCAGGCCAUUAAACAUUUUGGAAAACUUAAU